UCAGAGGAAGUGGGCGUCUCUCUGUCACAUUCAUCAGUUCAUGUUAAACAUGUAACCAGGAAAGAAACACUCAGAGCUCAUCUGAACACACAUCGAGAGCUUCAGAAGAACUGAAUCUACUAACAACAGAGAAGAUCAUUGAAUAAGAGAAGAAUGAAGAUCAUCUGGACUUUCACUCUGCUGAUGAUUCCUGGUGUUGUGAGCUCCAUCAGUGUGACAGGAUAUUCAGGAGGAGGAGUCAUCAUCACAUGCAGAUAUAAUAGAAAAUAUACAGACAAUGCAAAGUAUUUUUGUAGAGGACAGUUUCCAGGAUGCUUUGAUCUCAUCAAGACUGAAGUGAAAGAGAAAUGGGUUCAUAAAGGAAGAUUCUCUCUGUAUGACGACACAAGUGCAGCAGUUUUCAAUGUGACCAUCAGAGAUCUGAGUGAACAGGAUUCUGGGACGUACAGGUGUGCAGUUGAUAUCUCUCGAGUACAGAUUCCUACACUGAAGUCUGAUUGUUGUGAGAAGAGCAUCAGUCUAUCAGCCGCUGCAGGAGAAUCUGUUAACAUCAGCUGCAAAUACCCACAAUCCCACAGUGCUAAUGUCAAGUUUGUCUGGAGGAGAUCUGGAUAUGAUCUCUGUGCUGAAGAGACGUCUGUGAAGGAGAACAGAAGAUGGAGCGCUGAGGGACAGAUCCAGCUGUAUGAUGACAGAGAGCAGCAGCUCCUGACAGGAACCAUCAGUCAUGUGACUCAACAACAUUCAGCUGAAUACUGGUGUGGAGUUCAGUCUGAUCAAGGACACAAGAGCUUCAUCACACGAGUCCUCAUCAGCGUUACUGUGUUAGUGCUGCUAUAUUCCAAAAACACCUUUACCACCACCACCACCACCACCACCAUCAUCAUCAUCAUCAUCAUCAUCAUCAUCAUCUCUUCUUCAUUUUCAUCAUCAGUCAGAACUCCACUGAUCACAGAAGUUUCCAAAUCAUCCCCAUCUGGUUUCACAGCAGCAGGUUCUUCUCUGAUCAUUCCUCUGGUUCUGGUUCUUGUUCUUCUGGCUCUGAUCAUCACUGGUCUCUUAUUACUGUUUCUCUUUAAGAAGCAUCAGUCCCGAGGCAGUGGUUCAUCAUCUCAGGCUGGAGCAGGAAAACAUGAUCUGGUUUCUCACACUGGUUGUGAUUAUGAGGAGAUUAAAGACACUCAGAAGCAAUUACCCACAAACCCCUCUGAUUCAUCUAACACUGUUUAUGCCACUGCUCAAUUACCCACAAACCCCUCUGAUUCGUCUAACACUGUUUAUGCCACUGCUCAAUUACCCACAAACCCCUCUGUUUCUCCUAACUGUGUUUACUCUACGGUUCAUGAAGCCACUGGUGACUCUUAGAUCUUGAUCUCAUCUGCUGAUGAUCUGAAUUAUGUCGUGGUAAAUUUCCAAAGAAAGCAGACUGUCCUGACAGUGUCAGUUUGAGGAAUAAUCAGGAUUACAGUGAAUACGCUGCUGUCAAUCAUCACACUGCCUGACGAGCCACAGCACAAAAUGUCAAUGAGCUGAAUGCAUUGUUUUAGUGUGUCCACUAGAUGUCAAUUUCUAAUCUCUGAAUAAAUAUUUUGUUGAAAUCUCUCAAAUAAUGCUUUAAAGUCAAAGUUGUAUUCUACUGUCCAUGAGUCUUGCACUUUCAUAUGAACAUUUAUUACCAUCACUUCUCUAUUUAUUAUCUCUCUCUAUCAGAGGAAGUGGGCGUCUCUGUCACAUUCAUCAGUUCAUGUUAAACAUGUAACCAGGAAAGAAACACUCAGAGCUCAUCUGAACACACAUCGAGAGCUUCAGAAGAACUGAAACUACUA